GUAUAAUAUAGCAAGGAACAGAUUUCCAGUCCUAAUUAAAAUAGAAAGAGGUUUUAGACCUACAGAACUGUCAAGGAUGAAACGAACCCAUGCUGACUUUAAGAGGACUGUUCUUGACAUUGCAUAUGAACGUCAGUUUGAAGAAAAACCUUUCCCUCAUAUUGAAGCUGUAGAAAAAGCCAUGGAACAUUUUGAAAACUUAGUCCAUGAACAUGCACAGGCACAUGGCACUCAUGCUGCAGGGAACAUGUCAGAAGUUUACAUGGCAGAUAUGGUCAGUGGAUUGUCACAUAUGAUAUGGAAUGAAGUGCCAAACCGAAAAGAAAUAUCAAGUCAUUCCUUUACAGCCUUGAAAAAGUUCCUGGGGCUGAUAGGUGAUGUAAGUGAAUAG